AUGACGGGGAUAAGCGGACUUCUGGAGUUGUAUCAUGUGCAUGGUAUGGAGGAUGCCGGUGGUGGUGGUGGUGUUUCCACGGGAAAUGUACCCCCGCAUCUUGGAUUCGCGCAUUUGGGAUUCACGGUUCCUGAUGUGUUGGCUGCUGUGCAGAGAUUGAGGGAGGGUGGGGUUAGGAUUCUUAAGGAUGUGGGUGCUAUAAUUUCUGAUCCGGAUGGAUAUACGGUCGAGUUGAUUCCUCAGAGCGUUUGA